AUUAUCGAGUGUCAGUGGGCAAGUUGAAAGUCGGUUUGCAGUGUUUUAUCUUAUCGGGCGCUGCUGUUCAUUAACCCACUUUGGUUCUGCUCCAAAGUCCACAAGCAUUCUCAGGAGCGCUUCUGCUGAGCAUGUUGUGAGAGAGGUGCCGUGCAUGCUCGCAGGAGGAGGAGGAGGAGGAAGAAGAGAAGGAGGAGGAGUGUGUAAUUACGUGCUGCAAAAAAAAAAAAAAAAAGAAAAGUUGUGUGUGAUUUGCUGGAUAAAGGAGCAGAAGGUGCGCCACAUAUGAAGCUGAGCAGAGAACAUCACACACUCCGCCAUGCGUGCACGACCACGUCACUUUUACCACCAAUAGCAUCUGACUUCUUUUUUUUUUUGAACUGACUUUUUUUUUUUUUUUUUUUUUUCUCGCGGAGGAGACAAUCUUUUUGGACUUUUUGAAAGUUGAUGGAUGUUCGGGGAUAAUUUUUUUUCAUUUGGCGGAGCUCGCCCUGCAGGAAUGGCGCGAUAGACAAGUCCGCAACGGAACCAGAACCUUCUCAUUUUUCUGUGCGCAACUCUCGUCAUGUAUUCUCCGAUUUGUCUCACUCAGGAUGAGUUCCAUCCCUUCAUCGAGGCCCUCCUCCCUCACGUCCGCGCCAUCGCCUACACAUGGUUCAACCUGCAGGCCCGGAAGCGCAAGUACUUCAAGAAGCACGAGAAGCGGAUGUCCAAGGACGAGGAGCGUGCCGUCAAGGACGAGCUCCUGAGCGAGAAGGCCGAGGUCAAGCAGAAGUGGGCCUCCCGGCUGCUGGCCAAGCUGCGUAAGGACAUCCGGCAGGAGUACCGUGAGGACUUUGUCCUCAGCGUGACGGGCAAGAAGCACCCGUGCUGCGUGAUCUCCAACCCGGACCAGAAGGGCAAGAUCCGCCGCAUCGACUGCUUGCGGCAGGCGGACAAGGUGUGGCGCCUGGACCUGGUCAUGGUCAUCCUCUUCAAGGGAAUCCCUCUGGAAAGUACCGACGGCGAGCGCCUGGUCAAGUCACCGCACUGCACCAACCCUGCACUUUGUGUCCAGCCUCACCACAUUACCGUGUCCGUCAAGGAGCUGGACUUGUUCCUCGCCUACUAUGUCCAGGACCAAGACUCACAGCAGUCAGGAAGUCCCAGUAACAAUGAGCCAGGCAAGAACCCUCUUCCAGUCUAUUUGGAGGACAGCUUCAUCAAGUCAGGAGUCUUCAGUGUUGCAGAGCUGGUGCGAGUGUCCAGAAUGCCCAUUACCCACGGUGCAGCAGUAAACUUCUCCAUGGCGGACAUGCCCGCACAACCCUACUAUCACGACCUGAACUCCAGCGUGGGGAUGCAUCGCUCCCUGUCCUCCCCGCCUGGAAGCAAAAGGCCCAAAACGGUAAACAUGGAGGAGAAUAUGGACACCAGCCCGACUGGACCGGACUUCUACUCAUCGCCCAGCUCGCCAGCCAGCAGUCGGGCAAACUGGCACGACCGAGACGGAGCAGACAUGUCCUCUCCCACCAUGAAGAAGCCAGAGAAGCCGCUGUUCAGCCCCACCUCUCCGCAGGACUCCUCACCCCGACUCAGCACUUUUCCUCAGCCGCAUCACCCGGGCCUGACAGGCGUAGGACACAGUGUUAUAUCGACGAGGAGUCCCCCGCCGCACUCGCCGCUGCAGUUCUCAGCCUCCGCCAUUCUACCCCCGGCCCCCUCGUCCUACUUCUCGCACACCACCAUCCGUUACCCGCCCCACCUCAACCCAGCCGACCCCCUUAAGAGCUAUGUGCCGUCGUACGACCCGUCCAGCCCACAGAGCAGCCAGCCCAACAGCAGCGGUCAGGUCGUUGGAAAAGUCCCAGGUCACUUCACGCCUGUGCUGGCCCCCUCCCCGCACCACGGCACUGUGCGACCCGUCUCACUCUCCAUGCCCGACACCAAGCCCAUCACCACGUCAACGGAAGGCUACUCCGCUCCUGGCACCCCGACGGCCAACCGCUUCGUCGGCCUGAGCCCCAGAGACCCCGCCUUCCUUCAUCAGCAACAGCUGAGGAAGUGUGACUGGAGCGUGACUCAAAACGGCAGGCAUUAUGGCCCCAGUGCCACUGACGACACUUUGGGGAUUGCUUGGCAAAGUCCUGGUACCUGGGCGAGCUUAGUUCCAUUCCAAGUGUCGAACGGGACUCCGAUCCUGCCAACAAAUGUCCACCAGAACUACAGCAUAAGCAUCAUUGGUGAGCCGCUGGUCCCCGCAGAGAGCGGCAACUGAGCCCCGGAGGUGGGGGGUGGGGGGCAUGUGAGCUCUUAAUGAGUGGGGAGGGGGGGUGCCACCAGUGGAUGAAACCAGCAAACGUCUCAUAAUCUUACAUCCAUGCCGCCAUGAUGGACGCUGGAGGAAAGCUUCAUGUGUGCCCCCUUCUCCCACCAACACACACACACACACAAAUAAACACACACACACACACACGCGUACAUACACACACCAGCCAGUGGUUGUUUGCAGAACUUUCCAAUGCAUUCAAAUACUGUGAUGUAUAGAUGCCUUAAUGUUCUACUGCAUGACACUCAGAGCAGGCGCGCCUGCUUCUCACACGUAUAGAAACACGAGGGGGGGGGGGUCAACAAAGUCACUGUGUACACCGUCGGAACAAACAUUGUGAAUUCUUAGACUAAACGUGUUGUUUAUUCUUCUUUUUUUUUUUCUUCUACUUCAACUUAAAAAAAAGUAACUUUUGAGUGAUUGGAGCCCUGGCUAAAAAAUUGGGAGGCCUUUAGGAAAGGCUAUUUUGUUUCGUUAAAGAAGAGCAAUUUGUGAUGGAGGCAAGUGCAAUUGAAUAUUUGAAUGGAAGCGAGCAGUCUGUCAGCCCUCAGACUCUAAAAGAAAGGGGGAUAAACGUUUUUUUGUUUGUUUUUUUCUCGACAAUUUGAUUUCAGUCCCAUCCCAGCAGCAACACCAGCACUUGUUGUCAUCUCUUUGUGAGCCCUUCCCGUUUGUACAGGGAUAUAUUUGUUGCUUAUUUAUUUCUUGAGAAAAAGUGGGGUUUAAAAAAAAAAAAAAAAAAAAGGACAAAAAAAUAACCCCCGAACGAAAGAAAUGAAACACACGCGUGUGUAAAAACAAACAUGAUAAAUAAUGGCAUUUCACUUCUAAGAACAUUUGGCCAUCAUCAGCUUGUAAAGCUUAUGUUUACAACAAGUAGAAAAAAAGUGUUAAUAGUUUGUGAAAAGAAUGAAUAGUGCGCCUCUGCAGUCUCCAGUUAAUUUGCACGAUGACACACUUGUCCACAUGAUGACGUGCCUUUUUCACACACACACACACACACACACACACACACACAUGUACACACACACACUAAACUCACUUUUUGCCGUACUCUGGGUGCGUUCACACUUGUUUGGGUUAAGAGGGUCAGUUUGCCCUGCUAGCCUGGUUCGUUUGGUCGAGAAGCGUCUUAAGGGCGGUAUAGCUCGCUUGGUAGAUUGGCCGUGCCAGUAACUUGAGGAUUCCAGGUUCGAUCCCAGCUUCCGCAUCCUAGUCACUGCCGUUGUGUCCUUGGGAAAGACACUUCACUCACCUGCUCCCAGUGCCACCCACACUGGUUUAAAUGUAACUUAGAUAUUGGGUUUCACUAUGUAAAGCGCUUUGAGUCACUAGAGAAAAGCGCUAUAUAAAUAUAAUUCACAAUUCACAAGGAAGAAAUUUGUUGUCAAAAUUGGAUCUCAAUUUGUCUCGCAUUGACUAUUGCAAUUCUCUUUUCACUCUCUUCAACAAGUCAACGCUAAAGAGACUUCAGACUGUGCAAAAUGCGACUGCCAGACUUUUGACCGGUGCACCCAGAACGGCACACAUCACCCCCGUUUUAUCCAGUCUUCAUUGGCUUCCAGUUAAAUUUAUCCAGUCUUCAUUGGCUUCCAGUUAAAUUUAUCCAGUCUUCAUUGGCUUCCAGUUAAAUUUAUCUAGUCUUCAUUGGCUUCCAGUUAAAUGUAUCCAGUUUUCAUUGGCUUCCAGUUCAAUUUAUCCAGUUUUCAUUGGCUUCCAGUUCAAUUUAUCAAGUCUUCAUUGGCUUCCAGUUCAAUUUAUCCAGUCUUCAUUGGCUUCCAGUUAAAUUUAUCCAGUCUUCAUUGGCUUCCAGUUCAAUUUAUCUAGUCUUCAUUGGCUUCCGGUUAAAUUUAUCUAGUCUUCAUUGGCUUCCAGUUAAAUUAUCCAGUUUUCAUUGGCUUCCAGUUAAAUGUAUCCAGUCUUCAUUGGCUUCCAGUUCAAUUUAUCCAGUCUUCAUUGGCUUCCAGUUAAAUUUAUCCAGUCUUCAUUGGCUUCCAGUUAAAUUGAUCCAGUCUUCAUUGGCUUCCAGUUAAAUUGAUCCAGUCUUCAUUGGCUUCCAGUUACAUUUACACAGUUUUCAUUGGCUUCCAGUUAAAUUCUGCAUUGAGUUUAAGAUUUUAGUCCUGACAUUCCGUGCAUUGCCUGGUGGGGCCCUUCAGUACAUCACUGACUUGCUAUGCCCCUACUCUUCAGGGCACAGUCUUCAGGCCAGGGUCUUCUAAAGAUCCCAAAAACUUGUUUUAAAACCCGUGGAGACCUGGCAUUCCAGGCUAUAGCUCCCAGACUCUGGAACAAUUUGCACCAGUCCCUCCGUGUUCUUGACUGUGUUGAAACUGUUAAAAACAUUUGAAAACUUCUCUCUUUAGUAAAGCUUUUAGUUGAUGCACCUUUUAACUAUCAUUUUGUAUCCACUUUUUAAACCUUUUUAUGGGGUUGCCCCUGUUGUUUUAAUUGAAUUGUUGUUUUAGUUUACCUAUGUUUUGUACAGCGCUUUGUGAUUUUAUCUGUGAAAAGCGCUUUAUAAAUAAAAUGUACUUACUUACUUAAGAGAUGGGUCUCGUCACGCUCGCAAACGAACGUUGGCGCAGUUCCGUUCACUCGAGCUCAAAUCUGAAGACGACACGGACCAAAGCAGUCGAGGUUCAAAUAACAAUGACGUAAGGCAAAGGUGCCGUCUGGCUUCUAAAGUACACGGUAGAAGCAAUUGGUCAAGUCUAAGCUAGGAAAUGUAACAUCAAAUAAAAAUAACCCGCGCUGUAAAAAUGUUCAGUGUAAGAUCACAGAAAAUUUGUCCAAUAAUUGCAUUAUUUUCACAGUAAAAUAUCUUCACUGAAUUUAUGGUUAAUUACAAUAAAGUUGUGACUUUUCAAUUGUAAUUUGAUAGUAAUUACUCUCUGUGUUUAACCGCCAAUUACUGAGUGAGUAUCGUUAACAUCUGGAGAGACGAGUCAGUUUGUUGCGAUUAGAGCUGUGAUUACGGUGUUUUUACGGAGAAACAACAGUUAAUUGUUGUGAAAUACGAGCAUAUCGUAAUUGUUACAUCACAGAACAUUUUGGUUACAGUAUUUUACUGUGAAAACAUACUGUUGGAUACAUUUUACAGUGUACAAGUUCAACCUCGCAGGGGGCUUUUUGUUUGGAAUACUUGCUAUACUUUACGCCGGGGGUGUCAAACGUACGCCCCGAGGGCCGGAUCAGGCCCGCGGACAGGUUUUACCCGGCCUGCGGGAUGAGUUUGCUAAGUAUAAAAAAGGAAUGAAAGAAACAGCUGUUCUAAAUGUGUCCACUGGAGGUCGCAAUAGCAAUUCUUUGUAUCUUUGUAGAUGAUGCUACAUAUGUAGAAAAUAAACCACAUGAUACAGUAUAGUACAUCAGUCGAGAAAAAUUAUCAAACUACAUAAAUAACAUCCUGUAAUUUGAUUUUGAUAUAAUUUUUUUAUCACGAUAGAUUGGAUAUUAACUCCAAUGAGUUGACUGAUGAACAUUAUCACAUCAUUUAUUCGGAAAAUAUACAUAACGACAAGUUAAGUUAAAGUUAAAGUACCAAUGAUUGUCACACACACACUAGGUGUGGAGAAAUUAUUCUCUGCAUUUGACCCAUCACCCUUGAUCACCCCCUGGGAGGUGAGGGGAGAAGUGAGCAGCAGCAGUGGCCAUGCCCGGGAAUCAUUUUUGGUGAUUUAACCCCCAAUUCCAACACGUAAGUGUAAAAAAAACAUAACAACAUUAGGAUUUGUACAUUUGUGCUUGUUCUAUUUUUUAAACAAAGAAAACAUUCUGAAGUUGUAUUUAUUUUUGAGUUAUCGUGCCGUGAUUUUAACAGUCCGGCCCUUUUGGGAGUAGAUUUUUCCCCAUGUGUCCCCCCCAUCUAAAAUGAGUUUGACACCCCUGUCCAACCAAGUCUUUACUUCCUGUUUACGCACCUUUUGUCCCCUGACAAAAAUACCAGUGUGAAGGCUAGAACAACCACGCCAAAGUACCGUUUUUUUUUUUUGUUUUUUUUUUACAUUUGUGACACAAGUGUGAACGCAGCCUAAAUCAUACACACAACACAACACACACAUUUGUAAUGUUUUGUACUGGGAAUGUCCAUUUUUAACUUCAUCAUGUCACAUGGCUAUGUAUAGUUUACUUUGUAAUCAAACAGUGUUUUCUUUCCUUUUAUUUCUUCCCUCCACAGUAUUUGUGCUGUUUUACCCCCCCCCAGUAAGCUGUCAUCUUUUGUUUCUUUCUUGUUUUCCCCUCGUCCUCCCGUGCGGAGAAUUCAGAAUGAUGACAAUUAUGCAAUACCAAGUUUUGCCUAUGUAGGUAGUGCUUAUAGAUGUCAAAUAUUAGAGGCUAGUAUGGAGAUAGACACUAUUGUAAUGCAUUUAUUUUUUUUCUUCAUAUUGUUGCUUCUUGUUGUUGUUGUUGAUGUUGUUGUUAUGGUGGUGGUGACGGUGGGGGCUUCUUUCCAUUGAUUUUUUCUUAUUUUGACCAAAGCGGAGGGUGGGGGGGGGCCGCUGACUAUGCAGCGGAGGACAAGGUCUUUUUUUUUUUAGCUUAGCUUACAGAUUUGAAGGUGGGAGUCAGGAGGUGUUUUGUCCCAGAAGUGCAUCCUUGGUGGUUGCAUGGCUGCAAAGUCACUCAUCAUAUUUCUUGUCCAUCUUCAAGAACCCGAGCCCUUGUGCACGCUUCACUUAAAGAUGCUGCUCUUUGUUUUUGCAAGCCUGUCUAAGAGGUCCCUAAUAUGCAAAAGUGACUUUUUAAUGACGUGCUCACAGUAAUAAGUUUCUUGACUCCUUACACUGCAAAUUAUUUGUCAAGAUAUAAAAUGUUGUUCCUUGAAAUUUCCCCGGUUAUAAGAGCUAUUUACCUACUUUUUAGUCAUCGACUAAUCUUCAUUUUAGCACGAAUAUUGUAUUUUUAAUAUUCUAGUGUAAAAAUGGAGAAAAUAACUAUUCAAAUAGGAUAUUUUGGUUGCCCCGACCAUAAAAAAAUCUUAUUUAAAGUUUAUGCAAACUGACAAUAAAAAUACUUUGAAGAAAGAAAAAAAAAAAGAUUCUGCAACAUCUCGAGGAUGCUUCAUUUAAGAAUUACAAGAAUAAAAUACUUAUUUCUAGACAUAAUUAGCAAGUAAAAUAAUCUGUCCAUGUAGCUUGUUAAUUCACUAGUUUUUGGUAUUUAUUUUUACCUAAAAUAGACUUAGACCAACUUUACUGACCCACAAGGGAAAUUGUUAGACACUACAGUUCAAAUUUUUUGAUUUUUUUUUUUUUUGCAGCGCAUACCCACUUCUUAAGCAAAAUAUAUCAUCUCCCUUACUCGUGUAAAAGCCCACCGCUUUGUAAAAACAAACAAACCAACAACAAAAAAAGAAAACAGGCAUUACUACACAUAUUUGCCACUCUACUACAGAUGUGGCUAUAAUUUUGAUAUUUCCGAUUUUCUUCAGGGACGAGACCACAGGUGUCAAACUCAAGGCCCAGGGGCCAAUUCUGGCCCGCCACAUCAUUCUAUGUGGCCUGCAAAGCCUGGAAAAAAAUGUUUUUUUUUUUUUUUACUAAAUGUAUUUCUUUCAAUUUUGACAGAAAAAAAAAAUGCAUAUUUUAUACUUUAAUAUUAUCUGAUCAUGCCAAUUUUAUUAUUAUUAUUUACUGUAUUGCAAAACUAUUUUUGUGAGAUAAAAACAAAUCUGCUUGUUAUACAUGAAAAAAAAAUGUAAUAAUCAAAUGCAUAUGCAUUUCCAUUAAUCACAGGUUAUUACCCGCAUGCAUAAUGUAAAUUCAUUUUAAAAAGCGGCCCUCUGAAAGCAGCCAUUACUGCGAUGUGGCCCUCAAUGAAAAUGAGUUUGACACCCCUGGACAGGACUAACCUAGCAUGACGUUGAAAUGUUAGCAUUGUAGCUAACAUAGUUAUGCUAGUGUUGCCAACGUUUGUGUCCUCCUGUCCCACUCCUUAACGUUACUCUGGGUGGGUGAGAAGAAAAAACAUCAGUAUAAGCCUGGGCCCUUGGAGAGGGGGUCCAGACUGAGGCCAAGUGCAAAAAAAACCCCUCAUAGCCAUAGCACUUAUGUGUGCUAUGGCUAUGAGUUUUUUUUUUUUUAGGGAGGUGUUUAGGGCACGUCCGACCGGUAGGAGGCCACGGGGAAGACCCAGGACACGUUGGGAAGACUAUGUCUCCCGGCUGGCCUGGGAACGCCUCGGGGUCCCACAGGAAGAGCUGGACGAAGUGGCUGGGGAGAGGGAAGUCUGGGCUUCCCUGCUUAGGCUGCUGCCCCCGCGACCCGACCUCGGAUAAGCGGAAGAAGAUGGAUGGAUGGAUGGAUGGGCCAAAUUUGGCCAGCGGGCCAGAGUUUGACAUCCAUGGUCUAAGGAGACGCCGCUCAUUAGCGUUAAAGCUGCAGACACACAAACUUACUAAAAGCACUUAAACGGUUGAAAUUCCAGCAUCAAGGCUAGAUUUUGGACAACACACGUCUGAGAGGCUAUCGUGGCACCUCUGAUAUUUAUUUUAAACUUGUAAAAAAGUGGACUACAAUAUGGGACCUUUGGGAUCCAGAGCUUUUGACAAGGCUGUCAAAAGGCCAACAGUGGAGUACUUGUUGUUUUUUUAUUCUUUAGCGGAGAGACGGCUUGACUUGAGGGCGACAAUCACCGCAUUGGAAAAACCCUUUUCAGCCGUCGUCGGAUGCAAUUCCCGAGUAGAUGCCUUAAAUGCCUGUCACCUGCGCAACAAUCACACAGAUCAACCUUUAAGAGUGUCGUAUAAGUGCAUUCACGCGUAGUCAAUCCUCCCCUCCUAUAAUCGCUACAGUAAAUUGGACUGGAUGGCACUUACUCAACUCCCUCUCAGUGUUUGCAAUCUCAGGCGUACCACAGGGCAUGAUGCAUGUCAAUCAGUAGUCUUCUUUCUAGUCACACCUUUUGCACUACAAUCGCGCCUGCUGCGUAAAAAAAAAAAAAAAAAAAAAAAAAAAAUAUCCUCAAGUCGAGUCCCAUCUCUCCGCUCUCACAGAUUUCUUUAGUUUUCAUCAUUUUGGAGCAAAAAAGAAAGAAUUACCCCGCAAUAUGUGCACUCUUUUGUCUUUGGAAGAAAUGUGCUUUGCAGCCUGUGACCAUCAGACCCCACUCAAGUGCAUUGUCCCCAAGUGUGUGUGUGUGUGUGUGUGUGUGUGUGUGUGUGUGUGUGUGUGUGUGAGAAGAUGUGGGUCUUUCUAUUCAUUUAAAAAAAAACCUGCCACCAGACAUGAGUUUGUACACUGUAAACCUUCUCCGGCCCUUACUUGUAAAUUCUAGGGGGGAAAGUAAUGGUGUCCGUUCCAUUUUAGGGAAGAAAAAAAAAAAGUAUUUCAGAGUCUGGUUUUGAGUUAGAACUCCCCAGAUUCCCCUCAUUAAUUGAAUCUAAAGUGUUGUUGUGUUCCUGUAAAGAAAAGAGAAAAAGAAAAGAAAAGAUGGAGGGGGCUAUUCUUGAUGAAAAAACAACAACAAUGAAGGCUUUUUUCCCCCUUUUUUUUUUAAAUAUUAUUUUCCUGAACUUGUAGGUAUUCACCAUAUGGGAAGCGCUUCAUAAUAAUAACGACAAAUAUUUGAAUUGUUAUAUUUCAUUAGUGCGGGCGUAGCGCGUGUGAUGUGACGAUAUAUAUAUUUUUUUGUUUGUUGAUUUUUUUUUUGUGAUUUCUUGUCCAACAAGAUGUGAGUGUGUUCUUGUAGCAGCUGGGAGGCGAACAAAAGUAAAGGCCUCGUGUUGCACCCGACCUUAGUGAGGAAGCAGGGUAAAUAAGACGAGGACGAAAAUGUCCCUUAAAGAUUGUUGGUUUAUUUUCUAGAUUUGGUGCUACGUCCUGAUAGGCUGAGCUCACCGUGCACUGAUGUGGAGCUAGCGCCACCAGCUGAAAGCGUCGCGGCUUCUGCUUUCUCAUCAAAAAUGUCCCCCCGUGUUUGUCCUUUUAUUCAAGCGGGGGUGUCCCGAGUCCGGCUCCUAGGCCACUUUGUUAUGGGUUUUUUUGUUAAAUAAAAGUGCAAAUGUACAUUUGAUCCACAUCAAGGAGGAUUAAAGCCAAAAGCAAAAAGAAAAACAUUCAAAAUAUUCUGGAAUAAUUUCAUUGAAAUGUCAUGUAUAAUUCCUCAUUGUUUAUCUGAGAUGAUUCACGUGAAUCUGGAAUUAUGUCGCCAUUAUUUAGAAAAAAAUGUAUUUUUACCUUAAAAAAAAGGAAAUUUGAUGUUUCGGCCUGUAUUAUUUAUAUACUAUUUAAAUGUAAUGAAUAAAUAAUUCCUAAUUGUUUUUUCUAGGAUGAUUCACCUGAAUCUGGAACUAUGUAUCCAUUAUUUCAGAAUAGAAAAAAAAAAAUCUAAAAAAUGUAGUCUAAAAAGGAAAUAGACUUUUCGGCUUGUAUAGUAUUUAUGUACUAUUUAAAUAUAAUUUCUAAUUGUUCAAAUACUAUUUAAUUAGUGAAUAUUUAAAUAAUCUGGAGUUAUUUAUUUACAAUGGGAGAAAUAAUUUAUACAGGAUUAUUCAAAUAUAAUUUAUAUUUUUACUUAAUUGUAGAUUAAAUCUACAAUUAAAUGUAAAUAAUAAAUCAUCAAAAUAUAAAACAAUCUAACACCUUUUGGAUUAAAAAAAAACAUGAGAAAAAGUAGGAAUUAUUGGAGAUAUUGAAAUUAUUACAGAUAUAAUGAAAUAUUAUCGAUGAGGAAAUCAGAUUUGACUUAACUCGUUAAGGAAAAUGAAAAAAUGAUCAUACUUGAGUCUUAUUAAAAAUAUUUAACAAAUUGUACUUUUUUAUGUAACUGAUGAGAGUACAUUAGUAGAAGAAUUCGGACACCCCCGGGCCUAAAGCAGGAGCGCUCCUGAUGCACUUUGUUCAUUGGCACUAGAAAGCAGGUGCUUGACACUUAAGGUACUCGACCUUCUUGACCUUCUUCCUUCCAUUGUUGGCCUGGUCUGAAUGUAGCUUGUCUCGGAGAACCUCCUUUUGAAUCAGUGUUCCACCCACUCCUCGCCUGCAGGCGCUCUCCCCCGCGACCUUACUUGACUUAAGUAUUAUUGCAUUGAUCGCUGCCACCAGCCUAUUUUUAUUUUUUUUUUGUAUGCAAAGUCAGACCUGCGGCGCCCGUGCAACACCUGCAGGCUUUUCAUCCCGCACUCAAGCUCUCUCGAAAUGAAAAACCAGCAUUUGUACAGAUGAUCGUCAAGCAAUGCAGUGCCUGUUGUACAUACAUACUUACAUACAUACAUACUAUGUCAAAUGUGACUUACUUUUCAUGUCUAUACGCAUGUCGGCGCUCAUCAAGCUUGCGUUCUCUUUUGUUUUUGUUUUAGCUGAGAAUGUUCCUUUUUCCCCGAGGGGAGGCAGUGCUAUAUUAAGUGCAGGCUUCUCCUUUUUUGGUUAUUAUUUUGAAAUUAUUUUAAUUCUGUGCAAGGCUGAUUUCUUUGUGGGUCUUGUGGCACUUUUACCUUCCUGUGAGUGUGAGAUGACAACAGCAGCAACAAAAACAACUCAAGUCGUAGUGAUCGUGCGAGAAAAAAAAAAGGUCUUUGUGUGUAUCUGAAUGUACGUUUUUACACUUUGUUUUCCAGCUUAUUUGACAGUUUAGGAGGUGUCCAUUGUGAAACUGUACAGCAAAGGCCUUUGUAUCACUUGUAUUAUUUUUCUUUUUUUUAGCAAUGUGUAGAAGGUUGGUGCAGGGGCUAAAAUUGCCACAAGAUUAAAAUCAGUGUAAAUAAA